AUGUCUCCUCCAGUUCCUCUAGCUCCCCUAGCCCCUCUAGCACUUCCAGCCCUUUCGGCUCUCCCUACCCUUCCUGACCACCAACCAUUCUGGUCCAUGGGCCCGAAUCAUCACCAGCCUAACUAUAACUACAACUCUACUUGGUACCGGUCUCCACCAUUCCCAACGACCAAUUAUCCAACCCCGACCGAAUGGGAAAGGAGAACAUCAAAUAUCUUGCCUCCGAGCUUGACUCAUCAAUCACCGGAUGAGAACGCAGGAAUCCCGCAUUUGCCCAAUCCGGGAUAUACAUGGCCUAGCAUGGUCCGGCCGCGAGAGGUCCCAGAAGACGACCAACACGAACCUUGUAUCGCGGUAGCAUGUCAGACGCUCUCCUCGCUGUACGAAUUCGUUCAAUCCGACUGUUGGAAUGGACACGCAGGCAACGAUAACCAGUCUCGCAAUAUGCUCCAACCACCAACCCUGAGGGAAUCCCCCGCAAGUGAUGCUGUGUUUCGCACGACUCGAUCCGCCACGGAGACGGUUUCUCGAUUAUUGAAUUGCACCGGGAGAUCUUGCGCACGGGAUCCUUCCAAGCUCCUGCUUCUCGGGUCUAUUCUUUUGAAAGUCUUAACUUGGUAUGAAGCACUCUACCAAUCUGAGAUUGGCGGGCCGGCCACUCCAUCGUUGGAUAGUCGCGAAGAUGCACGCUUGCCGCCACAACCAUAUCAUUUGAAUGGCAAUACAGGUCUCUCGCGACCGUUUGAAAGUAUGAAAGAAUCGAUACUUGCUAUCCCAUUGACCACCCCGUUGGGUAUCGACGUGGUUAAUCUCUCCCACGCCACGGAGACGAAGAUGAAAGCCCAAGUACUGCUUUGGGAGGUGCAGAUCUUAUCUCACGUGUGCCAGGCUCUCGAGCAUCGAAUACAGGCUGCUGAGAGUAUACGCGGUGAGAAUAAUCUGUGCGGACAGGCGAAUACCUAUUUAUCACGGAAGGUGGGCGAGCUGCAGCGCGCAUUGACUGCCGUGUGUACGCCGGUACCGUCACUGGGAUAG